AUGGCCCUUUUUGAUCACGUGCAGAAGAACUUAGAUACAGCAACAGUGGUUGUCCUUGGAGUCACCUUGUGGCUUACAUAUGCUUUAGGUCUGGGAAUUUAUCGAGUCUUCUUCCAUCCUCUUUCCAAGGUACCCGGGCCCUGGCUGGCCGCCGCUACGCAAUGGUACGAGACAUACUACGAGCUAGUGCCCAAUGGUGGAGGAGCCUUCACCAAGAGGAUCAAGCAGAUGCACGAGCAGUAUGGAACAAUUGUUCGCAUCAAUCCAAACGAGGUGCAUAUCGAUGACCCUGAAUAUUAUGAGACUAUCUACUCCAAUAAACCCUACGACAAACUUCUCUCCUUCGAGAACCGCUUCAAUAUGCCCCACGCAACCUUUAUGACUGCACACGCCGAUGUUCACAAACGUCGUCGUAAUGCUGUAGCUCCUUUUUUCGCGACGAAUAAAGUUCGAGGGCAUGGUCCAUUCAUUCAGAGUCUUGUUGACAAGAUUUCGCAACGUAUGACGGAUGAGUAUUCGGGUCAAAAGAAGCCGCUGGUGCUUAAUGAUGUUUUUGGAUGCCUGUCGGGAGAUGUCAUCACUAACCUUGCCUUUGCCCGCUCAUACCAUCUUAUCGAAAGUCAGAAAUGGGAGUCCCCCUUCACGACUGCAGUGAGCAACUUAGUGCAUACCUCGCACUGGACUACUCAAUUUGUUUGGAUUAUACCCCUGAUGAACUGUAUCCCAGACAAAGUUGUCAUGGCCUUGUCCCCCAUUUUCAAGCCGAUUGUGGAAUUUCGACUUGCGAUGGAAGCCCAAGUCAGAGAUCUCCUCAGCGGAGAAAGCAAAGAGAUUAAAGAAGCGUCGCAUAAAACACUUUUCACGGAGAUUCUUGCCUCAGGGUUGCCGCCUGAAGAACUAACAAUGCUUCGGCUGCAGAACGAGGCCGUCAGCGUCAUCGGUGCCGGGUUUGAGACGACGAGGUGGUCUCUGACAGUUGCCUCCUAUUACAUACUGGCCAAUCCUUCCGUGUAUCAAACCCUUCGCGAGGAACUGAUUGCUGCGAUGCCUGACCCGAGCAAGAUUCUUACCUGGGGCGAGCUCCAAAAACUACCAUAUCUUUCUGCUUGCAUUGAAGAAGCUCUGCGUCUCGGAUACGGCGUCGUGCAACGUUCUCCACGCAUCUCCCGAGACUCCUUCUUCCACUACAAGAACUACCUAAUACCACCUGGAACCGGUGUUUCGUCAGACGCCUACCACAUGCACCACCAUGAAGAAAUCUUCCCAGACAGCUACACCUACAGGCCUGAACGCUGGCUCGGCAACCCCAAGGGCCCCGAUGGAGUAAAAUACCUAUCGCGGUACAAUGUCGCGUUUAGCCGGGGCUCUAGGACCUGUUUGGGAAUGCCGAUGGCCUAUUGCGAGAUGUUCAUCGCGCUGGCGACGGUGUUCCGCAGGCAUGAGCUUCAGCUGUUUGAGACGACGAAAGAGGAGGUUAGUUUCCAUCAUGAUAUGGUUACGCCUCAGCCUCCAUAUGGUUCGAAAGGCGUUAGGGUUUUGGUAAAAUAG